AUGUCAUAGCUACUUCCCAGCCUGUGUAUGACGCUGACCUGAAGCUGAUGGGUCUGUGUACACUGGGAGAGGCGGGGCUCCUGGGCAAUGCAGCACAGAGGUAGGAAUUGCUUAUGUAACUGGGACAGCAGAUUUACUGGAAGGAGAGGAGGCGGAGGCUGGGGAUGGGAGCAGUGAGCUGUCGGCAGGGGCAACACACCCGGGUGUCUGCUCCUCGAAAGCAGGGUGGCAACAUCCGGGGUCCUUGGGCCCGAGGCUGGAAGAGCCUCUGGUGUGGUAGGGGGACCAUCAGGUCAGGUCUGGAAGAACUGUGGGAGCUGCAGAGGCAUCAGGAGCCCCUCCAGCCAGCCCCACUGCUACUAGAGAAGCCGUUGUCUGAGUGGCCAGUGCCUCAGUUCAUCAGCCUCUUUCUACCAGAGUUUCCCAUGAGACCUGUUAGGGGGCAGCAGGAGCUAAAGAUUCUAGGCCUUGUGGCUAAAGGCUCAUUUGGAACUGUCCUGAAAGUACUGGAUUGUGCCCAAGAAGCUGUGUUUGCAGUGAAGGUGGUGCCCAAAGCCAAAGUCCUUCAGCGGGAUACCCUGAGGCAGUGCAAAGAGGAGGUCAGCAUCCAGCGACAGGUCAACCAUCCUUUUGUACACAGCCUGGGAGACAGCUGGCAGGGGAGGCGACACCUCUUCAUUAUGUGUAGCUACUGCAGCAUGGACCUCUACUCCCUGUGGUCUGCUGGUGGUGGUUUUCCAGAGGCUUCUAUCCGUCUCUUUGCAGCUGAACUGGUCCUUGUGCUGUGCUAUCUCCACGACAUGGGGAUCAUCCAUCGAGAUGUAAAGAUGGAGAACAUCCUUCUGGAUGAGCGAGGCCACCUGAAACUGACAGACUUCGGUCUGUCUCGCCGUCUGUCCCAGGGAGCACGAGCCUAUACUAUCUGUGGAACUCUUCAGUACAUGGCCCCAGAGGUCCUGAGUGGUGGACCUUACAACCACACUGCUGACUGGUGGUCCCUGGGAGUGCUGCUUUUCUCUCUGGCAACUGGUAAGUUCCCAGUGGCUGCAGAAAGAGAUCAUGUGACCAUGUUGGCAAGUGUGACCCACUGUGAGUCUGAGAUACCAGCCUCUAUCACUCAGGAGCUCUCACUCCUGCUCCAUGAGCUCUUGUGCCAGAACCCUCUGCACCGUCUACGUCAUCUGCAUCACUUCCGGGUCCACCCUUUCUUUCGGGGUGUGGCCUUUGACCCUGAGCUCCUAAAGAAGCAGCCAGUGAGCCUUGUCAUGGAGACACAAGAUAGCAGCAGUCCAUUGGAGUCCAAGCCCUUCAAGGACUUUGACUGUGAUCUGGAGUCCUUGGUCCACUCCGUCUCUGCUGAUUCUCUACUGCAGAUUGGGGCCCAGCUGGAAACCUGAGGAUUUCUACUGCCAGCUCAGUAUGACCACCGUGAUGAUCCAGUUUUUUCUUUGUUGUCCUUACUAUUCUGUUGUAGGUAUUGGACCAGAGUUUAAAUUGUUGGCAUUCUGCAACGAUGGCCAGAACUGCCCUGGUGCUGUCCUGUCACACAACCCACCUCUCCCUUCGUUUCAUUUCUAUAGUACUUUCACCCUGGCUGCCAAACAAAAGCUUCUUAAAACUUUAUCUUAUCCA